AUGUCGCAACAAGUUUCUGCAAAGAAGCAACAGGAGCUGCAGGCGCAAUAUUCCAGUUACAAGGAAACUCUUCAAGCCAUCGCACAAAAGAUUGGUGAUGUUGAGACUGAAGCUGAAGAACACAAACUUGUGUUGGAGACACUCGAACCACUUCCAGGUAAUCGCAAGUGUUUUCGAAUGAUCAACGGUGUACUUGUGGAGCGAACUGUACAGGAUGUCUUGCCGCAACUCAAGACCAACGCGGACGGCCUCAAAAAGGUGCUUGAAGACCUGCUGAAACAAUACACCACGAAGCAAGAGGAACUCGAAAAGUGGAAGCGCCAAAACAAGAUCCAGGUUGUCACACAAUGA